AUGCAUAUGCACAUGUACCAUACCAACAAGCAGAAUAAGGAGGCAGCCUCUCCCCUUUCUUGCGACCGAAGCGCGGGUGGGGAGGGUGUGUGGAGAGAGAAUCACCCUGCUCUUGAAUGCUCAGAUGGCAGCAUUCAAAGGGGGGCGGGCGAGAGGCGAGAGCGAGCGGGGGAAUACUGGAAACACGAAGGUGGUGUCAAGAUUCCGCCCGAGGGAGCGCGGCAUUCCGACGCGACGGUCCUGCCGGAUUCCUGGCGAGGACCCAGCCGUGCGUCUCGCAGAGCGCAGGGCGUGAGCGCAAAGAGGCGCUCCCUUCUUUUGGAUGGCGGGCGAGCGGGCGGGCGGCUCCCCUUUGCAAAUGUGCCCGGCGGAAUUGCACCAUCGGAGCGGGCUCCCUGCAGGGGGUGGGGACCCGAGGGCGCUUCCUUAAACAGGCACCAGAAGGAGCGGGCGGAGGCAGGCCAGGCACGCCGCGAUCCUCCUUCCUCCUGGGCGGCUGCCGUCGCUGCUGCUGCUGCUGCUGGAUUUGCUGCUGUCGCUGCUGCCGUCGCCCAGCCCUGCCCAGCCCAGCCCAGCUGCAGCUCGGGCUUCUCUGCAUGUGUCAUCGAACACGUGGGGCUCUUUUUGCGCCGCGGAAACUUUCGAGGGAUACUUGCUUCCAACUUGGACUCGCGCACGGCGACAUCGGAAUGGGGAGGCGCGGGAGGGAGAGAGAGAGAGCUCUUAGAUCUACUGCACCGAUCCAGACGCCUCUUUCCUGGACGUGAUCGCCUCGCUGCCUUCCCUUUCUGCCGGCGCUUGGAAUUGCGCUCCCGCGUCUUGAAACCACGUCUGGACGCGCCAACCCGCUUCUUCCUCCCUUGCCCUCUUCUUCACGUGUGGGAAAUGUGGCAUGCGUGUCUUUGGAAGGAAUGGGCUCUGGGUGUUGGGGUUUUGCUGCUGUUGUGUGUUUUUUUAGCCCAAGUGGCGAACCUCGCCCUCCCUGCACCUCCCUCCCUUAGUUCCUUCCUGGGUCCGCUUCAUAGUUUCGAGAAGAUCUGGAAGGCCAUGCUAUUGACGGCCAGGAGAUCCACUUGGUUUGCUUCCACCACCCCCGGACCUAAGGGCCCGUGAAACAUGGUUGUCAAUCUGGGAGACUGUGCGGAGCGUCGUUUCUCGCCUCCAUGCCAGAGAAGUUACACUGCAUGCAAGAUGGUCUUUUUUGUAUGCCAUUGAAUGCAUAUUGGGCUUUAAUGUCUGAACACUGUGUUUGGGUCCUGCGGUUAGUUGCAAUGAGGGAGUAUCUGUAACAGAACGAAUCCCGUUCUUCGUGGCUCAUUCAUCAUUUAGCUGGCUAUUAGCUGGAGAUGGGGCAUUCCGAUUCCUGUUGCCAGCUGACAGAUCAAAGCAGCUCUAUCCCAGAGGCAUAACGACAGAACACUUCAGAACAGGUACUUUAGAUUAGCCUAGAAAGCACUGCUGUCAUUGGCCACCAUCACAAACUGUUUGUGUAUCAUCUGAUCAGAGAAGCUGCAAGGCUGUUCAGGUUUUUAUUUGGGAGAGGGGUAUGGGAAGGAGUACCCCACCAUUAAUACACAACUGAUCUGGGGACGCGGGUGGCGCUGUGGUCUAAACCACUGAGCCUCUUGGGCUUGCCAAUCAGAAGGUUGGCGGUUCGAAUCCCCGCGAUCGAGUG